GCUCGCAACGAGUACGUACAGCAAUGCCCGCGCUCGCCGCUCUCCUACUGUGCGCCGCAGCCUUGGCUGUCGUGGCGACGGCGGCGCCCUCCGACCGACAGCAAGCCCGCUUCACGGCGCUCAUGCAGCAGGCGCGCAAGUUCAAGUGCCGCGAGCCGCGGCCGCGCGCCGUGCUCUCCACGGAGCUGGUCUACGUGGGCCCUUCGGAGCGAGUGGACCCGCCCUACGCUGUGCUGCACCGCUGCGACGCCGGCGCCGGCUGCUGCGAGAGCCACGACCGCGUCUGCGAUGUGCGGGACGCGCAGGAGGUCACGCUCGUCUUCCUCGUGUCGGACACUGUGCGAGGCGGCUCCGAGUACCGCGAGGCGACGCAUACCAACCACACGCGGUGCCACUGCGUCAGCAAGGAGCCCCAGCCGCCCAAGUAGCAGGAGGUGUCCCCCGCUGCUGCGCCGCCGGUCCCGACGCCCGGGGGCGUCUUCGAAGCACCGGUGUCCACCGGCUCUCAUCGGCCACGCUCUGCCGCAGUGACGUUGAUCGUGAUAGUAUUAUCGGCAGGCUUGGCCUCUGCCGGCUGUUGACAAACAGCGAAACUGGGACGCCGACAGCGGGGACGUUAUGGAGAACAUCUUUCGGGUAUAGCUCGACAGCGUGUUACAGUACCCGAUUGGCAGACGCAAGGGUGAAUCAAAUGCAGAACCGUCCGCGAGUCCGGCGAGCCCUUCUUUCGCACAUCGCCGGUGCCGCCUCCUUCGUUGCUGCGACACUCCAAAGCUUUCUCUACUCUAGUCCUGCUGACAGUGUAACUGUGCAGUGGAAGUGUUACUGAAUUGUUGUGCUCAAUGUGUUUAUGUAGGUGUAAGUGAAUAUGUCUUCGCAAAGCCUCUCUCGCAAAAGUACCGUCCACCUUUCUACGAUAAGGUUUCUGUCACAUUACCGUUUCUCCUGAUGCUGCACGACUGCUGCAUCGCAGGUAUGACAAAGACUGCUUUAUUUCCAAAGAUCUUUCUCAUUAGACAGAUUAGGCAAACUGCCUUAGGGAAAGAGUGACCGUCUUGUAAAAAAAAUGUUAUUAUGUAUUUUGACCUCAGCUCACACAAAUUGUAUCGUCAUCGGUUUUGACUCAUCACCAAGACAUCAUUAGAUUAACUGAAUACGUUACAUAGUAACUCGUUACCAGUACCGAGUUACUAUACAACGUUUUCAAAUCAUUUGAUCAUGACUUGGUAAUAAGUAGAAAUCUUUAACGAUCCGUCAUGUGUGACCUUUAGCUGUCUUGUUAGUUAGUUUACAAAUCGAUUACUGAAACUCUCGAUGCAACAAGUGAUAUAUAUGUUGUUGUCGUUUCUGUGGUCUUCUGAAGACUGGUUCGUGAUAAAGUUUAAUAAUUUCAAGGCUCAGAUUCUAAAUACGUAUCUCGGAAAGUGAAUAUUAUGUCAUAAAUAAAUAUCGGAAUCAGUAUUAUUUAGGAACAGUAGCAAAAAAGAUGUUUGCAGCCGCUACUGUUUGUUAUGAAUGAAAUGCUGAGUUGCACUAUGAACUCCAGGAAGAGCGAUAUUAUAUAUUGUAGGGUUCCAGUAUGUCGAUGCAAUUUGCGAAGAAGAAUGCCGAAUGUCUUUCAAGGCACUUUUUGUGCUCGCUCAAUGUAAAUGUUAAUGCUCCAUGUAUUUUAGAUGUAGUAGGUUAUGUGAUGUUAUAUCAUACUUGCCCUAGUCUGUUAUAAUUUGACAUUCCAGUAUAAAACACAUGUAAAGUUAUUUAUUAUUGCCUGUAUUUAUUUUAUUUAUACUUAUUUAUUAAAAGGAAAGACCAUUUAUUUGGGAGAGGUAAUUUAUUUUUUAAACAUUACCAUUAUCAAUUAACCCGUCAUUUGCCAGUAUCAGCUUUACUGAAAAUUUGUAUAAAACUUCUGCUGUGGAAACUAUACGAUUGUACAACAAAUUUAGCACGAGAAU